AUGAUCUUAGUUGACGGAGAGAAAUAUUCCUGUGUUCAGUGUAUAAGAGGGCAUAGAUCUUCAACUUGCAAACAUUCAGCAAGACCUUUAGUCCAAGUGAGAAGUCGAGGAAGACCUUCCCUAAAUGCUGGCCAUAGAAUAGCUGUUACUGAAUCCGAACUCGUACUAUCAAGAAAUCAAGUUACUAUUCAAGAUUCAUUGAAUACCAAGUCCAGAAAAUCUUCACCAAAUCCAAAUCCAAUCAAAGAAUCAAUCAAGAAGCCUGAUGAAAAGAAAUCUUCAUGUUGCUCAUCAAAAAAUAAUACAAAUAAUACCAUAAAAAACCCCCAACCUACACAAGCAGCAUCAUCAUGUUGUGCCUCUAAAAAUAAGUCACCUCCAACAGUUGAAAACAAUCAACAACAACAAGACCAGCAACCUGGCAAGCCAUGCUGUUCAACUACGCAUUCAGAAUGUGGAUGUGGUAAAAAUGGUGUUAUCAUGCUACGUGCUUCAAAAAGACAGUUUGUUGAUGUAAGGAAUGGUAAUAUUGAUUAUGUUGGUCCAUAUAAUGAAUCAUCUUUGAAUAAAUUCAAGAUAGGAAUGUCAAAUACAACACAACCACCAGCUAAGAAAGCAAAACAUAUAAGGAAUUCAUCAUGUUGCUCUGCUGCAUCUGCAUCUGCUUCCAAUAAGCUGAAAGUAUUGAAACAAAUAAAGAUGAAUGAAUUUGACUAUCAAAUACCCAGACAUUCAUCAAAUUUUGAAUUCCCAGGACAAAGUAACCAAAUGCCUAACCAACCACCACACCUUUACCAAUAUCCACAACAGCAAUAUCAGCCUUACCAACAACAAGCGUACCCUCCUCCUCAAAACCAUAUUUCAAGGGAUCAUUUAGCCAUUGGACUUCCAUUUUCUAUGACAGACCGCCCUCAACAGGGUCAAGAAUAUCAACAAUAUCAACAACAAGUCAGACCUAUCCAAUCACAUUUCCAUUCAAGAUCUGAUUUUGAUCAAGCAUUUCAAGAGUAUCAAUCACAAUCUAGAGCUGCAACUACGCAACCAACAACAACCACAAUAUCAUCAGAACCCCAACAAGACCAUUAUCAAUACCCACAACCAUUACAACCUCAACCUCAACAAAAGAUUUAUGAUGUGGUUUACUCAUCUGGAUGUGCUGACGAGUGUUCUUGUGGUCCAGAUUGUACAUGUCCUGGCUGUUUGAUCCAUAGAACUAAUGAAGAAUUAAAGGAGUAUGGAAUAUUGGAUACAUCAACUUCUUCAACACCUUCUGAAGGACCAUUACCUGUCCCUGCUCCACCAAAUUCAAAUCAGCCACAUGUUGGCUAUGACCUCAUCAAUUUGGAAACUAUUGAUGAGAUGUUACUCCGUGAAAUGUUUGAAGAAGAAUGUUAUUGUAAACCUGAUGAAUGCUGUUGCUAUAAUUGUUCUAAACAUGGUAUUUCUGAAGGUAUUAGGCUCAGUGAUGGUGUAAGAGUUGCUGAAGCUGACGGUGAGCUAGAUUUUGGGAAGGAUAGAAGCGUUACACCAAAUUCUCAUCAAUCUGGACCAGUAUCAGCUUGUUCAAAUUGGAAAUCUGAAGCUUGUAAAUUGCAGGGUCCAGAUAUACCUGAAAAUGGUGCACAAUUAUGA